UCAAUCCGAACCACUCGCUCUCAUCCCGUCUCACUCCAAUCUAAAGGCUACAAGGAUGCUUCUUGAGCUUGAUAUUCCAUCGAAGUCCUUCACACUACAUGAUAUAUCUGAUCAUUCGUCACGGUAUUCGCUCGUUAGUAUCCGCUUGACACUGUUGACAGACAUAGUGUGCAUGCCUGCAGCUUCCGCAACAACCCAGUUUAAAACGUAACGUGGAAUAGCAAAUAGUUAAUUAUCCGCUUUCAUUUGCGCCGAUCACUAUGUCGAUCUCCGCAUCCUUGUCCAAAUUUUUCAUAUCCUUCGCCUCGUCGUUGUUUCCGACCUCUGAAACAGCCCAAGUUGCGACCCGCAAGUCGUCGAAGGCAACGCCGGAGUAAUUUGGGUCUUCCGACUUCCGCCCCUCGCCAAACAAACCAAAGCACCAAGAGCGCAUAAGAAGCGAGACUUGUGCAGGUGAGCACCUAUACAUCUUUACAUUCACCACCCAUCAUCAAGUGCGCUGGUCACACUUGACAUCUAUCUUUUUAUCUUCUAUCAAUCGUUCUACUCUUUUUUCUUCUUUGAUCAUCAUGUCUGCUCGUCGCACCAUGCCUAACUUUGCCGGCCGUAUCAUUAACAACGGCCGGUACCAGCUCCGCAAGCUGCUGGGUUCGGGUACCUAUGGUGUUGUUUACGGAGCCAUCGACCUCACCACGUGUAACUCCCCCAUUUCCAACUCGCCGAGGAAGCCGCGCAGGUAUGCCAUUAAGGUGCUCCGCAAGGACGCCUUGAGUUCCAGUGCUGCCCAGCGGCUGAGGCGAGAAGUCGCUGCUCAUCGACGCAUGUCGGACCACCCGAACGUCGUGCCCCUGCACGAUUCGUUCGAGGACAAAGAGUUCGUCUACAUCGUCCUGGACUAUUGCCCUGGUGGCGAUUUGUUCGGGAAGAUCGUCGAUGAGAAGUUGUACUUCAAGAAUGACGCGUUGGUGAAGUCGGUGUUCCUCCAGCUUCUGGAUGCGGUAGAGGCUUGCCAUAUGAGCGGCAUCUACCAUCGGGACCUAAAGCCCGAAAACAUCCUCGCCAAUGAGGAUGGCACCCAGAUCUAUUUGGCUGACUUUGGCCUUGCCUCGGGCAGCAAAGUCAGUACUACGUUCGGUUGUGGCAGUUCCUAUUACAUGAGCCCAGUCUGUCUUGCAGAGUGUAUCGGAAAGGAGGUUGGCUACAUGCCUUACUCCAAUACUACCAACGAUAUCUGGGCUCUUGGCGUUAUCCUCGUCAACAUGGUCACCAGUCGCACGCCGUGGUCGAAAGCUUUGACCACGGACGAUUGCUUCUGUGACUUCAUGCUGCACGAGGAAUACCUCCGGGAGAUGCUCCCCAUCUCGGAGGGCGCCAACGCGAUCUUCCGUCGCAUCUUCGUGCUCGAGCCGAGCCAGCGCAUCACUCUUUCUGAGCUGCGCCAGGCCGUCUUCGAGCUCGAUACGUUCUUCAUGAGCGACGACGAGAUUGCCCGCGGUAGCGAAGCAGUGCGCAUGGCCGCCGCGCACUGCGGUUACCGCGUCCGGCCCGCCAGGGCGGUGGAGGCUAAGGCGACCAGGCCCCGAGAGGCCGCGCCUGCGCCACCGCGCACGCCCGCUAUGGCGACUGGCCCCACCCCUGCGCCGGAGCAGACGAGUGUCCACCAGUUCGAAGGUGGCGACUUGUCUGAGGCGAGCGUGGCUAGUGACGCUAGCCUCACCAGCGUUCAGAGCACCGGUCCUGUGACACCAAAUGAUAGUGCACAGGAUCUGGUUGUCGAGGUACUCGAACUCGACAUCACGCUCACAACGUCUGGUAGCUCGUUCUGGAGAAAAGCCAUUGGGAAGGUCACACCUCGUGGCCUUGGCCUUGGCAGCGUGAAAGUGUCGGCGUAAUAUGAGGAAGUAAUAAAUUGAAUGAACCACUUAUACAUUAGAUCGCGAGAUGUGAGUUGCGUGUGCGUACAAAUGGUAAGUCAACAGUGAUGAGGACAAUAUGUAUAAAGUGCGGGACAUGAAAGGGUAUCGUUGUAUGUCCGUAGAUAGAGUCGUGGUGUUGGUACAUGUGAGAGCCAGGCGUGUAGUAAGACGUGAAUUAGCGCAGAUGAAGAAAAACGUUGUUCGAGAUUUGACUAAUGCAACCAAUAGGCAAGGCGGACGAGGCCAAGAUGUGCAGCUCCCAAUAUAGCAGACAUGGUCAGGCGUUCCGUCCAUGAGUCGGUGAACGCGAGCACCAUAGCACAGGUGACAAUGUCGUGAUUGGCAAAUCGGUCGCUAUACAAGGCCGAUAGCGAGCGCACCUAACACGCGAAUAUAUAAGCUUACGCUUACCAAGGCAUAAGGGGCUGCACACCUUCCAGACGAGCAGCAAAGACUUGACCGUCCGUUUCAGCGCUAUCAUCGCGGUGCUCUUCGUCACGCGAUACUCCUGCCUCCACAACUUGAGGUUGAUGUAUUCAAAAUCGGGAAGUUCCUCAAGCCCCUGGGAUUCGGACGGCGCAGGCAAGCUGAGUAAAGGCUCUUUGUACUCUUCGGCAGUGGCAAGUGGUUCUUGAGCAGAGUCGAAUUCCGUCCAGAGCGGAAGCUCAGUUGGGGUCGCAGUGUGCGGUGCGCUGGGGCGGCUGCGCUCCUCUAUACUCCCCCGACGUGGUGCGCGGACGAGAGAGGCCUGGUGGGGUGUUCGUGGUCUUGUACCAAUUGGUAACGGAUCGAGCUGUGACGAUCCAAGGUCUAUAAGGAUACAAAAUCUGGGUGGGCCGGUUUAAUGCGCACCUUGCCUUCCCUGAUAGCGCUUAAGACUCGCUCUGAAGACGGGCGAGCAGUUGGGGUAACAUGAAGCAGAUUCUCUAGCAGAACGAGGAAGGCAACCGGCAGACGACGUGACGAGAAUGCGGCCGCUAACGUGGGGGACGACUUGAAUCUGCCAAUAAGUU